CCAUACUGUAUUUUCCUAAAUCUCAUUUUUAUUCCAACAUUUUACUCCCGCUCGGUGAGUACCUUCUCAGUGGCAUUCUUGUCCUAUUCUUUUUUCCCCCCUUUUUUUGUUUUUGUUUUUUUCUUCUUCUUUUUUUUUCUUCCCACUUCUUUGAUUAUUGUUUGUAUUUGGGAAAGCUGACGAGCAUGGUCUUAAGCCUUUUCCUGAAUCAAGUUUUCCUAGCAUGCGAUGGUUCUCUAGACAAGGCGCUGUGUCUGGGAGUCCGCGGCAGCCGUGCUCGCUGUGAGCGGCUCCCAAGUCCAGCAAAAUGUGCAACUGGUUUUAUGGAGAAAGCGUUGUGAAGUAUGGUGCCUAUUUUUUCCCCUUUGUAAAGAUAAGAAAGCAUGUUUCUAACUCUUUUUCUACGUACUCUUUUUCCGAUUACAUUUUUGUGUAGGUGGGAUUUUCCAGCAGUGUUCACAAGUUUGUCGUCUUGCAAUUCGAUUCGCACCACUGAGCAAAGACAUUAAUUUUGCAUUUUUAUGACCUUUUUGGAAGCCUGUGAGAAAUAUUUCGUUUUUUUUCCCCUCCUGUUUUUGAUAUCGGUUGAUAACAUGAAACUUUUCUUGCAGCUAGUUAAAGGGAUUAUUUUUAAGCAAUUGUUUUUUUUUUCUCCUUUACAUUAACUAUUCCUUUUGCACAUUUGACUUUUUUAUUUAAAAACUCGAGAUAAUUUUAUGAUAGAUAUCCUGAUAUCUAUAUCUAUAUUAUCCAUUCUUCCUCCUUCUCCCCUCCUAAAUCAAUUUUCAAAUGAUGGCAGUGGAAGGUUUUUCUGAAAAAAAAAAAAAAUGAAGUGCGGUUUGGUUUCCUUGUCAACGGAGGAUGAAGUGAACAUCACAACAGCUCGCAGAGAGCAGGAUUAAAACAAGGUGAACCAACCAUGACGGGCAAAACACAAACAAGCAAUGUUACCAAUAAGAAUGACCCCAAGUCCAUCAACUCCCGGGUUUUCAUCGGCAAUUUGAAUACAGCCAUCGUCAAAAAAGUCGACAUUGAAGCUAUUUUUUCAAAGUACGGAAAAAUCGUUGGCUGCUCCGUUCACAAAGGGUAUGCUUUUGUUCAGUACAUGAGUGAGCGUCAUGCAAGAGCUGCGGUGGCUGGAGAAAACGCCAGGGUCAUCGCAGGCCAGCCUCUUGAUAUCAACAUGGCAGGGGAACCCAAACCAUACAGACCAAAGCCUGGAAGUAAGAGGCCCCUGUCUGCACUUUACAGGCUUGAAUCAAAGGAGCCAUUCCUGUCUGUUGGUGGUUAUGUAUUUGACUACGAUUACUACAGAGAUGAUUUCUACAAUCGGCUGUUUGAUUACCACGGUCGUGUACCUCCACCUCCUCGGGCUGUCAUCCCACUGAAACGUCCCAGAGUGGCUGUCACCACCACACGCAGGGGAAAAGGCAUCUUUUCCAUGAAGGGAGGAUCCAGAUCUACUGUUGGUGGGUCAUCUUCAUCAGGCUCUAAGUUGAAAUCAGAUGAGUUACAGACAAUCAAGAAAGAAUUAACCCAGAUCAAAACUAAAAUUGACUCCUUGCUAGGGCGCCUGGAAAAGAUUGAGAAGCAGCAAAAGGCUGAAGCAGAAGCUCAGAAGAAGCAGUUGGAGGAGAGUAUAGAGCUGAUCCAAGACGAAUGUGUGUCAGAGAAUGCAGACCACUCCACAGAGGAGCCUGCUGAAGGAGGGCAAGAAGCGGAUGGAGGAGAGAUGACUGAUGGGGUAGAGGAGGACUUCGAUGAAGAUGGGGGUCACGAGCUGUUUCUACAGAUAAAGUGAUAUGAAGUAGUGUACAAUAAGGCAAAAGAAGAAAAGAGAAACUGUGACAUGCUGAGAAAUGAGAAAGAUGGUCUCAUAAUGGACAACCACAUCUCCAGUUCAGUUUAUAUAAAAUCCUCUGUCAUAUGGACAGUGUUGUUCACUUUCAGAACUACCAUUUCUUUUGUGUUCCAAGCUGUACAAUUGUUGUUUUAUGGUUUACAUUGUAAAUGUGUUUUCACUCUUGCUUAUUAUGUUUUUUUUUAACUCUUAGAAGGGUGUUAAUGAGUGGUGAGAGAGGCACUGUAUACAAAUGUAUAUUUGUAAAAGCUAUUUUUAUGAUUAGCAUGUGUCAUUGUUGAUCACAUAGUCAUGUGGUGUUGCAACCUUAUACAUAAAGCUUGAUUCCAACAAUGUCAUAGGGAAAAUAUACAUUGUACACUAGUUUUUAUAAUUUAAUUUCAAUUUAUAGUUUAAAAUACUUUAGACCAUGAGGAAAUCUAUUUAAAAAGCUAUAUUUCUGCCCUGUAUAAGCACCAUUUUUAUUAAUAAAGAAUGCAGUUAUUUCAGAAGUGAUACAAGAGUUUAAGGACUUUGGUUUGACCUGUGAG